AUGCCUUAUUCUAAGCAGCCUAAUAACUUCCAGAUUCUGAGCCUUCUGCAAUGGCCCUUGAGCUACCUUGCCAUAUUUUGGAUCUUGCAGCCAUUGUUUGUUUAUCUGCUGUUUACACCCUUGUGGCCACUACCAGCAAUUUACUUUGUCUGGUUGUUCCUGGACUGGAAGACCCCAGAGCAAGGUGGCAGGCGUUCAGCCUGGGUAAGGAACUGGUAUGUCUGGACUCACAUCAGGGACUAUUUCCCCAUUAUGAUCCUGAAGACUGAAGACUUGUCACCUGAGCGCAACUAUGUCAUGGGAGUUCACCCGCAUGGCCUCCUAACCUUUGGUGCCUUCUGCAACUUCUGCACUGAGGCCACGGGCUUCUCAAAGACUUUCCCAGGCAUCACUCCUCACUUGGCCACUCUGUCCUGGUUCUUCAAGAUCCCCCUUAUUAGGGACUACCUCAUGGCCAAAGGUGUGUGUUCUGUGAGCCAGCCAGCCAUUGACUACCUGCUGAGCCACGGCACUGGCAAUCUCGUGGGCAUUGUCGUGGGAGGAGUGGGAGAGGCCCUGCAGAGCGUACCCUAUACCACCACUCUCAUCCUCCAGAAGCGAAAGGGCUUUGUGCGCACUGCCCUCCAGCAUGGGGCUCAUCUGGUCCCCACCUUCACUUUUGGAGAAACUGAAGUGUUUGACCAGGUGCUAUUCCAGGAGGGCAGCAGGAUGUACAAGUUCCAGAACUUCUUCCGCCGAAUCUUCGGUUUCUAUUUUUGUGUCUUCUAUGGACAAGGCUUUCACCAAGGCUCCGUUGGUCUCUUCCCAUACAGCAGGCCUAUUGUCACUGUGGUCGGGGAGCCUCUGCCACUGCCCCAAAUUGAAAAACCAAGCCAGGAGAUGGUGGACAAAUACCACGCACUCUAUAUGGACGCCCUGAGCAAACUCUUUGAUAAGCAUAAGACCCAAUAUGGCUGCUCAGACAGCCAGAAGCUGCUUUUCUUGUGACUGAAGACACUGCAUGCAUGCCUGAGAGCACUGGAGCUCCUGCCUUGGAGAGGAGACUCAAUUGCUGCUAACCCAAAAAAAGGCCUGGAAAGGGAAGAGAGACUAGGGAGGCCCUGAGUGGUAGAGGAGGACAUUAGAAGUUCCUUCCUGGCCACCGUGAAGCCCUCAAAGGAGCUGUUCCUGAGGAGUGUCAGAGGGGAGCAUCCCAAGACAUCUCUGCUGGCUCCCCCACUCUGAGCCUGACACCCAAGGUACUGAAGGACUCGAAUGAUAGCCAAGCAUUCUUCAAUCCAUUUUUCAAAAAUCUUAAUACAAUUUUAAAUUUAUAUAUAAUUUGCAUAUCACAAAUCUAACCUGUUAAGGUGCAAAAUUCAAUCGUGUUUAGUAUAUUCACAGAGUUGUGCAACUACCGCUGCUACCUAGUUUUAGAAUGUGUUUCAGCACCCCUAAUGAACCCAGUACACAUAAGCAUCACUGCUCACUCCUCUAGGCUCUGGAAACCACUAAUCCACUUUAUUUCUAUGGAUUUACCUAAUCUUAACAUUUCAUAUAAAUAUAAUAAGUAGUCUUUCAUGAUUGGCUUCUUUCUCUUAUCAUGUUUUCAAGGUCCACCAUAUCUUAAUAUGUCUU